CCCUGGGCCGAGGCCUCGUCUCAGGCGCCCCCGCCCCGCCCUUGGCCCGCCCCGCCCGGCCCGAGGGGAGGAACCGGCCAGGCCUCCCCGCGCGGCCCAGCUACCUCCGGAGUCGCCGCCGCAACCUUCUGCGCGUCGUACCCGAGGCUGCCUCUCGCCCCUCAGGCCGACGCCAUGAAGAUCAAGGAUGCCAAGAAACCCUCUUUCCCUUGGUUUGGCAUGGACAUCGGGGGAACUCUGGUAAAGCUCUCAUAUUUUGAACCUAUCGAUAUCACAGCAGAGGAAGAACAAGAAGAAGUUGAGAGCUUAAAAAGUAUCCGGAAAUAUUUGACUUCUAAUGUAGCCUAUGGAUCCACUGGUAUUCGUGAUGUACACCUUGAACUGAAAGAUUUAACACUUUUUGGCCGGAGAGGGAACUUGCACUUUAUCAGAUUUCCAACCCAGGACCUGCCUACUUUUAUCCAAAUGGGAAGAGAUAAAAACUUCUCAACAUUACACACGGUGCUAUGUGCUACAGGAGGUGGUGCUUACAAGUUUGAAAAAGAUUUUCGCACAAUUGGAAACCUCCACCUGCACAAACUGGAUGAACUUGACUGCCUUGUAAAGGGCUUGCUGUAUAUAGAUUCUGUCAGUUUCAAUGGACAAGCAGAGUGCUAUUAUUUUGCUAAUGCCUCAGAACCUGAGAGAUGCCAAAAGAUGCCUUUCAACCUGGAUGAUCCCUAUCCACUUCUGGUAGUAAACAUUGGUUCGGGAGUCAGUAUUUUAGCAGUCCAUUCCAAAGACAACUAUAAACGAGUAACUGGGACAAGCCUUGGAGGGGGUACCUUUCUUGGUUUAUGUAGUUUAUUGACUGGCUGUGAAAGUUUUGAAGAGGCUCUUGAAAUGGCAUCCAAAGGUGACAGCACCCAAGCUGACAAGCUGGUCCGUGAUAUUUACGGAGGAGAUUAUGAAAGAUUUGGUCUGCCUGGUUGGGCUGUAGCAUCUAGUUUUGGGAAUAUGAUUUAUAAGGAGAAGCGAGAAUCUGUUAGUAAAGAAGAUCUAGCAAGAGCUACAUUAGUUACUAUCACCAAUAACAUUGGUUCUGUGGCACGAAUGUGUGCUGUUAAUGAGAAAAUAAACAGAGUUGUCUUUGUUGGAAACUUUUUACGUGUCAAUACUCUCUCGAUGAAACUUUUGGCAUAUGCACUGGAUUAUUGGUCAAAAGGUCAACUGAAAGCAUUAUUUCUAGAGCAUGAGGGAUAUUUUGGAGCAGUUGGUGCACUUCUUGGGCUGCCAAAUUUCAGCUAAAGCAUCGGGUUUCUCUCUGUUAAUAAAUGUCAUUCAAGAGGAACUGAAAACCAGAGGUCUUAUUACUGCAUUAUUUGUCACUGGGAACCAAAGGAUGAAAGAGUAGCACUAUUCCUGUUGAUUUUUAAGUGUCAGAAUGGUAAGCUGCUAUAUGUUGCCAUAUUAAAAAGAGAGCUCCAGUAAUGUGAAGUAUUUCUAAGUGAAAUGCUGUCCCUUCUGUAUAUAGCCAGUGUUAAAUCCUUAAAUGCAAUACAGCCUCUGAUUAAUGAGCUUCCUCUGAAAAAGAUUUUCUAUUUAUUUUAUUUUAUGUAGCCAACAUUACAGUACUGUAUGUUCAAACAUGAAUCUUAAAGUCUCAGAAAUGUUUAUCUCGUGAAAAGAAUUGAGUCUCAAUAUUUGUUACAAGUCUGUUCUAUGUGUGUUUUGGUUACUAGUAAGUGGACAGUAACAUACCCUAUAUCGAAACUUACUGAAAUGGCAAUCAAAGAUGAUCAUUUUUAUAUGAUUUUAGAAAUGUUAAAGCAAUAUUAAUUAUUCAUUACUGUUGUUUUCCAAACAUAUCUUCUCCCAAAAAGUAUGUUUAUGUGCUCUUUCCCCAGAAGUAUAACCUUUUUCAAAUGCCAUAAUUUAAUUGAAAUACUAUUGUUAAACAUUAGCUUGAAUUUUAAAAUGAAUCCUAGAAAAUGCACAUA